CGCGAACUAUACCUGAGUUAUUUAUUAUAGAUCUACAAGAUUACAGUGCGCAAGCGCGCCAUAGAUCGCGGAUCGUCAGUGCACUAUGAUCGCGCGCGAAGUCAUAGCGUUUAUCGCGCUUGCCGGUGCGUUUGCGCAGCCAGCAUCAAUAUGGGUAGACGUAGCUCCAACGACAACAGAAGACCCUGGAUAUGAAGACGUCGAAAGACGGUACACCCCAGAGCUGAUUCAGGAGUUGGAGACGACUAAAGCCGACGCGUUGCUACUCUACACAGAGUUCUCGGCUCGAGCCAGUCAAAGCUUGAAACAAUUCAUCAGGAAUGUGUCCAGGCUUGAAGUCGAAGCUGUCGGAGACUUGAAUGUCACUGACCCAGGGCUCAUCAGUAGUGCUCCCGAGCACUGCCGGAGCACGUUCCUGAAGAGAAUCAAGAAGAUAGAGUACAAUGCCCACCGCGCCGCCACCUUCAGCGGGGAGAACCACCACAAGUUCUUCUUAGGACAUAUGGUCGUCUUCCGGAUGCACCUUAAUAAGUCAGAAGAUUACGUACGAAGAGCCGACAAAGUGUUCAAGACAUGUGGCUUUGCAUGUGAGACGACACCAAAAAUGAAGCGUUACCGUCGCCAAGCUUUAGACGAAAUCCACCGAGUUCGAGACGACAUACAACACUCUCGACGCAUGUACAGGGAUCUCCUCACGCAUGCGCAAAGACGACUUCAUAAGCUGCGCAGAAACGCCGCUUCGGAUAUCGUUCAAGCUGUGGCAGUCCUACGACAGUGUUCCAGAGGAUAGAAGAAGAAGAAAGAAUUGGUGCUGAUGCUAUUAGACAGACGUUUUAUUUUAUAUUAGUUUGACCACACUAAAUUGUAAUAGAAGGUAUUUUAGAUCUGUCUGUUUUCUAACUCGUUAUAAUCAACAACAACAACACAACAACAACAAACACAGUGUUGUUGUUGUUGUCGUUAUAAUCAGAUCGUGAUCCACCCCAGACCAUAUCGUGAUACUAACCAUCAGGUGAGAUUGUGGUCAAACGCGAGCCUAUAUUACUUAUUUAAAAAAAAGCUGUCAAAAUAAAAUAAAAUCAUGUUUUGUCCGUCUGUGUUAGCAUCGUUUUUGUAGAUGGAUCCCACGUUUUGAUUCCAAAUAAUUAAAGUAGCUGUUAAAACCUGAAAAUAGUUUUGCGAUUUUUAUGAUAAAACAGGUUGUCCAUAAAUAUUUUGUAAUUGUUUGUAGUAACUUAUAGUUGACUUUUACUUGUUAUUAUAAGUAUAUUUUGUAGAUCGCCGGUAAAAAAAAGCGGAAAAACAAGAUGGCCGCCAUACAAGACACGCGAGCUGCUUUAGAACCCACCAACAUCUAGUUUUGUAAAUAAUUCUGUAAGAUUCCCUAAUAAAAUAAAAUGCAUCGAACGGCAAUACAAUUGUACUUUUAAGUAUGAAUGGGAUCUUAUUUUUUGUAUUCAACAAUCAUAAAAUACGUGAUCGAACGGCAAUAUUUUAAAAAUAGAAACAAGACGUGGUAUCCAACAACAAUAACUGCGCAAGAGUGGGGUGUGUUUCCCCCCUCUCCUCUCCUUCUUUCCUUCUGAAGAUAGAUUAGGAAGGAAAGGAAUGGCAGGAAUUUUGAGUGUCAGAGAGAGAUAGACAAAUUGUGAACGUGAGAAAAUUAUGAACCCUAAACCAAAUACGUAUUAAAUGAUUGGGUGUGUAAAAUUGAUGAUUUCCAAUUUUUGUAUGAAUAUCAUUAAAAUUAAUGAACGGAUCGUAUUUAUUUAUUAAAAAUUAAUAUUAUUCCUAAAAAAUAUUUUUGUUGAAGCUAAAGUUGUGCCAUACUUUUACGAAAUCCUAUUAUUGGUUAAGUUUUUUAAAUUAUAAAUUUUCCAAAAACGUAAAUUUUAUUGAAUUGUAAAUAUUGGUUAAUGUUAUUUUUAAGUUGAAUUUAUGUAGAAAAAGGAGCUACCGACUAAAUUCCAAAUCGGUCCCAAUAAUAUUCAAUAUAUUUUCAAUGUAAUUAUAUUCUGAACUUUCACUAAAUAAGAAAUGUAGUGAUGAAAGUAUACGAAAAAAAACGAAAACGAAAAAGUUUACAGUACUGUCUUUAGAUAAUACAAAGACCAAUACUUGGUCUUUGAGAUAAUACGUUAAAAAUGUAACGUGUGUCAGAAUUUGAAUUUAGAACUAAAUACUUUAUUGUUGUUACAUUUAGAACAAAACAACAAUAAAGUAGGUAAGUACCUACUGGCAGAAUGAAGUCAUUCUGCAUUCAAAUUCUGAUACAUGAUAAAUAUAAUAAGUAAUUUAUGAAUAUCUUUGUAUUGCGGACAUUGAGAAAAUAAGGCCAGGCGCGCACGAGUUUUUCGCCACGCGGCAUAAAAGAGCAGCGGCAUAAUGUCGCACUGUAAUACUGCGCCGCUACGAUGGCUCUGCCGUCAAGUGCGCGCAAUACAAUUUAAAACUGUUUGGCGCAGUAUUACAGUGCGACAUUAUGCCGCUGAUUUUUCUGCCGCGCGGCGAAAAACUCGUAGUGCGCGCCUGGCCUAAAACCACUAUAAUUGCAUGUUUUAUAAUAAGAUUUUAUAAAAAAAAUAGUCUAGGAGAAUAAACGAGAUUGCUUUGUGUUUAAAAUGUUACCGUUACAAUACCUAACGCUAACCUAAAAUGCAGUACUUAGCCACACUGUGAUAGUUUAAUUUAAUUCGUAUUAAACUCUAGUUAAGUACAAGCUAUAGUACAAUUUGUUGUUGGACAAUUAAUAUUUUUGUAUUGCAAAAAACACUGUUGUUAAUUUUAUUAUUCUAAUAGAUGUUUAAAUAUUUUCGUAAUAAAAAAGUUUAACAAAUA